ACAUGGCAGCAGUGAUCCCAAAUCUUAUCUACAGUUUCAGCAACUGUGCAGUGCAUUGUUCCACUCCAGCCUCCUCCUCUUGAAACCCGACCGCAACUGCUACAUAUCAUGGAAUCCUCCUCCUCCCACUUCCUCUUCCGCCGACUCUAAAACUCUCUUCUAAUGGGUCCUCCACCUCCCCUUUCUUCAAAACCCUCCAUGGUUUCUUCAAGCCCCGGCAGAGCCGAGAAGCUCCCAACGCCGGGAUUCUCUCAUCUUCUUCGAGGCAAGAGCGGCAGCCGCAGCCGUAGCCAAACCUCCCUCUCCCGCUCCAGCCCCCUCUUCCCCUCCCGUAACCUUAGCCAUGGCCGUGCAGCGCCCCCUUCCAUUGACGCCGGCAACGACGGCGAACCCUCCUCCCCCAAAGUCACCUGCAUCGGCCAAGUACGAAUCCGAAAGAAGAACAAAGCCUCAUUCAGAUACGAUUCAAAAAGAAAUCGGACGCAAUCGGAGCAGAAGAAGAGAGGUGAAAGGGAAAUGCGGUGCUGCUUCAUCAAUAAAUCUCUGGUCCUUAGCGUCUUUAGAAGCCGCCAAUCGAUCUGGAGGAAAUGGUGGGUGAAGCUUCGAUUCAAGGGGAAUGCAGGAUAUCGACGGGGAAAGGAGAGGGUUGAACCGGCGGAAGCGGUUCCUUUGCCUUUGAACGAUUUGGGGGAAAUUGUUUUUCAAAAAUCGGAACGGGGUGAUGGGGAAGAAGCUGAGGAGUACGAUGAAUCGGAAACUAGGGUUUUCGUCCCGCCAAAAAACGCGCUUAUACUCAUGCGAUGCCGAUCCGCGCCGCACAACCGCUCCUCCUCUCUCGCCACCCGCUUCUCUACCACCGGCGACGACGAGGAUGUCGGGAAAGGGGAGGAUAAAACCGUGAAAGGAACAGAAAGCUCCCGCGAAGAAGAAGAGGAGGAUGAAGAGGCCCGUUGCCCAUCAUCUCGGCCUCUCUUCCUUAAGCGGUCCAAUUCGGAGCCGGCGAAGAAGGCGGCGAGGCUGGUGGCGCCGGAGGCCUCACGUUGUUCGCAGAACGGUGAUGACGACAACCGGCGGCCAGCAAAGAGCCCAUCACGACUCCAUUAAAGUUUGGUGUUCAACUAGUUUUUUUUAUUUAUCUUCCAUCUGGGCGUUGUCUUGUAAAAAGAUUCUACAGUUUGUAUUUUGUGGAAAUUCUCUGAAAGCUUCUGCGAUCGAUUUUAUAAGAAAUUAUCUCGAGAUCUCCUCUUUUGUGGGUGUG